UCUGGGCAGUUGGAUCACCAAUUUCUUAUAUUAACACAGUCGCACUCCCUCUUGCAGCCCCACCCCAAGUCCCACACAAAGGAAGCCCACCUGCAAGGUGACAAAAGAGCCCAAAAGAUGACUCUCAUCACAGAGGAGCUCAAGGCCAAGGCUGAGGUCUACUAUGGCGAUGAGAUCUGCCAAGAGAAGUCCAAGUUCCUCCUCCAAGAAGUAAGCCUCCCCAGGGGCCUCCUCCCCUUGAAGGACAUCAUAGAGUGCGGCUAUGUGGAGGAGACUGGCUUUGUUUGGCUCAAACAAAGGAAGAAGAUUGAGCAUUGCUUUGGCAAGAUAGGGAGGCUGGUCUCCUAUGGCCCUGAGAUAACUGCCUAUGUGGAGAAGUGCAAGAUCAAGAAUCUGACUGGUGUGAAGGCCAAAGAGCUCUUGAUUUGGGUCAGUCUAAACGAAAUCUCCGUCAACGACCCGCCGACCGGGAAGCUGACCUGCAAGGGCCCUGCAGGGUUUUUCCGGACCUACCCGACGUCGGCUUUCGAGCUCGAGGAGUAGAAGAAGAUGGAGGCAAUGGUGCCUCCCUUGGACCAAGCUUCACCAGUGCUUUCUUAAGAAGAUAUCAUCCUUCUAGGUUAAAGUGGUGCACUUGGCUCCACAUUUACUGUUGCUUCCCUUUCCUAAGCAGUAUGGCUAUCUAAGUUAUUUGUUACAUGUGAUGCUUUAUAACUGGUCUUUGGCUCUAUGCCAUAUGCGUUCUUAUCUUGUUAGUGGAUGUUUGUGCAUGUCUCUUUACCUCUUA